AUGUAUCUGCAACAAGUGUUAAUGAGACGUACAGGCACCCAGGAAAUCAACGCGUACGAAUUCAACACCCGCGGCCACAAUGUCAUCCUGGUUGACACGCCUGGUUUCAAUGAUACCUACAAAUCUGACGCCGAGAUUCUACUUGACCUGGCAAAGUGGCUCGAAGUGAUGUAUCGUCAGAAUGCAAAGCUGACGGGUAUACUCUAUCUGCACCGUAUCACCGAUGUACGUAUGGAGGGGAGCGCGUUGAGGAACCUCAAGAUGUUUCGCAAACUCUGCGGAGAUGAUCCAAUGAAAAAUGUCACGAUUCUAUCUACCUUUUGGGGGAGGGACAAUAGAGAGGUGGCUAUUGCUCACGAAGACGAACUCAAAAGCAACCCCAAUUUCUGGGGCAGCAUGAUUGAAUACGGGGCCCAGGUGCAGCGUUUCGAUGGAACUCAGGAAUGUGCGCUCGAUGUCCUGAUGUCCUUUGCCACCAAGGCCACCAUGACACUUGAUAUCCAACGCGAACUUGUGGAUGAAGAAAAGCUUCUUGGUGAGACUGCUGCUGGAAACGCGGUCAACGAAGAGUUGCACCGUCUCGAGACCAAGUACCGAGAUGAGCUUGACCGUAUCCAAAAAGAGACUACUGAAGCUCUUGCGGAAAGAGAUUUGCAGUAUGAGAAGAUCCUGAACCUGGAACGAGAGAGGAUGGAGCAAAAGCUUGACCGCAUCCACUCCGACCAGGAAAUGCUUCGUCAGGAACGAAGAGAAGAAAUCCGGCGGAUCGAGAAUGACAACAAGCUACUCCAGAACAAAUACGACGCCAAGCUUAAAGAGCAGCAGCUUGAGGCAGAACGUAUUCGCGAGCAAGACAGAGCCGAAAUGAGAGAGCAGAUGCAAAACAGCGAGGCAUUGAUUGAGGCUCUGAAGACGCAGAAAAGUAAUGAUGAAUUACUUAAGAUCGGCGGUAGAGUCACGCAGGUUGCUGCCCUGGGAGUAAUGGCGGCUUUUGACCCUAACACUAUUCCUGUGGUUCUGGCAUCAUUAGUAGACUUGGCGAAAGAGUUUUGA